UCCUUUCAGAACAAAAACCCAAACCAACACUAAAAAGGAUUGUAUGGAGUUCCAGUGACGAUGGUUCCGGGGCCGGGGCCAGUACGAGUACGAGUGUGUCUGGACAGCCGACAGAACAUCAAAGAAAACCAGCAUGGCAAGGAUCACAUAGAGGCAGAAAAAUCAAAAGACAACCAAGAGGUCGUGGCUCUAUUGGACCACGUGGUAUCCGUGGCGGCAGAGGACGUGGUGGGCAAAUUAUGUGAAAAUAUUUAUUUACUCUGCAAAUGCGAGGAUAAAUCGGUGGAAUAUUUUAUUUUUGCUACACUUUGUAAAUCAAAACUGAUUUUUGCAGCUUUGAACAUGAUGUGCAUUAACUUCAAACUUGACCUUGACCCAGUUAUUUGUUUUAAGUAUACCUGGUGUGUAAAUGUUGGAGAAGCUACCUGA